AUGUCGAUUGUGUCUCUUAUCGAGACAUGUGGUGGGUUUCUACCCUCUGCUGCUCGCAGCGAGGUCCGAGUUAUCUUCAGUGAUCCCGCUGUCUAUUGGCUCGAUGUGAACUUGGCAACCAAGGCAGCAUCCGCGAAAGUCUCUGGGAGCGAAGACCGCGCGAUGAAUUGUGAAACGGCGACCUCCCUUCCUCCCCUCGACCGAUUGCAAGGCCCCUCCUCUCCUGGCCCCAUGGGCGCUAUUUGA